UCUCAUUCCCCCUUCUUCUUGUUCAAAUCCCAUAAUUUUCUUCAUCAAUCUCAUUCAAUAUCAACUUUUUGUAAUUCAAUACUUAAGUUUCUAAAACCCCCAUCAAGUGUUUAUUUUUUGAUGUUUUAUCCUACAAAUUAUCAUGGAAAUGUAUUCAUCAUAUGAAACCAAUCUUACACUCCAAAAACAAAACAAUCUUCGUGAUGUCUCAUUUUCAUGUUACUUGAAUAAAGCCGAAGAAAACAUGAUUCGAAACCUCACAAAUCAAGCUUCGGACAUCCCCAAUAAUCACCAUUACUCCAUUCGUAAGAAAUCCGAAGAAAUUGAUGUAUUUGGUGCAGAAAAGUACUUCAAAGGUGAAAUGAUAGACGUCGAUCACAAGACAAAUCAAGGAUUCAUUAAUAUUAGUGAUACCACAAGUAAUUUGGAUCGUUCGGAUACACAAACUGAGGAAUUUCAUCGUAGCUUUUCAGAAAAACAACGAAAUGAUCAAGUUAGUAUACACACACCAAGUGUUCGGUCAAGUAUAAGUUGGAAUAGUCGUAGCGGGUUGUUGCCUUGUACGAAACAAGCUCCAACAAAAACUGAAAAAGGAAGCAAAACCAAGAAAUUUCUUUCUCGUUUUGGUUGCAAUUGUAUCGACAAAAAAUCAACACAAAUCAGUGAAAAACGAUACAUACAGGUUAAAGAAACAACUAAAACCGUCCCCUUGUCAAGUAACUUCAUGCCAAAAAGCACAAAAAAUGAUUACUUUAGCUUUCCUGUACUGAAUUCGAGCGAUCUGAAUUCAAAUACAAAUUCAGACCGCUCGAAUUCAAAUACAGGAGUUUUGGCGGGUAACUUACAAGGUAAUAAUAACAACAUUAAAAACGAGCAGUUGAGCCUAGGAAGGAAACUAAGUUUAUUAAACGAUUGGGAUGUCGAUAUCCCAACCGAAGACGAAAUGUACAUUCCGUCAAGCGGAAUGUACAACAACAGCAACGAUAUCGAUAGCGAUUCGAGCUCCGACUUAUUUGAAAUCGAGAGCUUUUCGACUAAUGGAAACACCUCGUUCUUACCUCACCGGGCAUCUAACUGUUACGCACCCAGUGAGGUCAGCAUUGACUGGAGCGUGGUGACGGCGAGCGCCGCAGAUUUCGACGACGGUGGGUGGAGGAACUCCGGCGGGAAAGUUCCGGCGCCGGAGAAUAAAAGUGAUGAUAAGAAACGGGUUGGGAUCCUUUCUGGGUGUGUGAAUGAAAAGGCAGUGAGUGUAGCCUGUAAUGAUGGUGGCGUAAGGCGGCGCCGUUUAUCGGAAUCUAUGGCGGUUGGGGGUUUGUUUAGAGGAGUAAAAGGUUUGACCCGAUUUGACCCGGUAACAGGAAAUUAUGGGUCGGAUGUUUGCCCAGUGCCCGAGAGUAAAGGGAGGCUUGCUUCACAGUUGUUAUAUGUUUAGUAGUGAUGUAGAAUAUAGAGAGAUCUAUAAUUAUGUUAUUAUUAUUAUGAGAUAAACUUAUGUUACAAAUUUUUAUGUAAAA